AUGCAGGGCCCGUGGGAGCUGGGGCGAGAGCCUGGCCAGAGAGUCUCUCUGAGCGAGUCUCCGGUGACCUCACAGGGGAAACAGGCCAGGGCUCCCUCCACCAGGCCCCUGAAGACAGCUGUGGAAGCCAGGCACCUGCGGGACAGGGGUGCCGGUGCACAGCGGGGUACCUGGGGGCAGCUUGAAGGCCCUUGGAAAUCUUCAGCCAAGUCUGAGCAGUUCUCCCCGCCCUUUGAACUCCCAGAGGGGCCCCGCGCACUUCAGCGGCCGGGAACAGCUUCUGCCCAGGAGCGCGGCUCCCACCAGCCUCGGGAGGGUGGACCCUGGGUGAUGGGACCCGCCAUCGCCUCCCCUUCCGAGCCCAUUCUCAGCUAUGGGGACGUUUCUAGGUUUGCUUUUCGGGAAGUACCGGUCCAGCAGGCGACCGAAGACGCCUCCGCCUCAGACCUCUUCUCAGAGACCAGCGGCGAGGAGCAGCUGGGCCUCGGACCUUUGCGUGAACGCUGCUGA